CUUCUAACCUCCCACCCAAAAUGAAAAUGAUUGCAAUCAAAUUGCAAGUCUUUGCUGUAGCCUGCUGGAAGAGGGCCUUGUGCUUUUGUAAUUCUCGUCGUCCACCACAAAGCAGCAACACAUGAUAUGCUGGACCUGAACGAGGAGCGUCUUAAACCGGAGCUGCUGGACGUGACUCCGGACCUCGGAGGCUCGGAUGUCGACGAAUUCAUCAAAGAUGACGAUGGCAGCUCUUCGUCGGACGACGAGGAAGUCCUCCUCGCGAAACUGCAGCCCCCGCUCGCCGUGCGGAGCAAGACCGUCCGCGGCAGUGCUGCGGGCUCGUUUUCCACGCGACCCAGCGGACCCACGCCAAGGCAGGGAAAUGUUGGCGGUGCGCGAUUGCUGGGACCGGCGGCUGGUCCUCCUCCAAGUGCUAGUUUGCAACCAGGAGAUUUCAACAACAUCGUGCAGCAACAGCGUCCGCAGACUGCAGCAGGGCACCAGGUUACUACACGCGGGAUACUGGUGCGGAAGGACGCAGCGUCGUACCCAUCUGGAUCCUCACCACACCGAAAAAGGGCGAUCACAUGGGAUGACCGAGACCUAGAACGGGAAAGAGCCGCUGGAGCAUCUACUUCACGGGAGGACGUACCCAAGCCAAGUGCAAAGAGUAGUGCUGCACGAAAGGAUGACAGAUGCGACGGCGAGGCCGAGGGGCGAGACCGAGGAGACGCCGUCGAACAACAUCAGCGAGAAGCUGUGGCUGCUGCUGCAAAUAAAACAACGAAGUUUCGUGUGAUUCCUGGGUACCCGCGGAUCACAGCGGAUGCUGUGUUCAAGGAUAAUUACGCUGGCAGCAAGCCAAAGGAGUACAGCGCCCUGAAAAAGCAGUUCGAACAACGGUUUGCCGAGGCACUACAGCAGUCGAAAAACAUGUACCGUGCGGCCCAAAUGAUGAAUGCAGACGUCCCCGUGCCGCACAGGUCGACGCCGAAAACUACCGAUGCGGGAGUUGCACCUACGGAUCACGCCGGAAUAAAUCAGGCGAAGUUAUCGCCGAGAAAAAUCCGUUCCGCUGGGGCAACACGAGGAGGCGCUGGCGCAGGAGGAGCGUCGUCUAAGCGACCAGCUACGUCAUCGGGCGCCGCGGGUCGCGCCACCGUCUAUAAGCAAGCUGAAGCUGGUGAUCGCGAAGAUCGAAAUUUGGUGGUUCGUUCGGAGCACGUCUUGGCGCGCGAGACGAGUUUGGAAGCCGGUACAACGUCGACCAGGCCAAAGUCGGCAAUGACACCGGUGGACAAGAACAAGACGAGAUCUGACGUCCUAACAUCCCUGCCAGCUCAGGACUUGCGACCGCGCUCGGCCUAUCCGCCUCGAACACCCACGUCCGAAAGCAAAGUGCAGAGCAUCGUGAUCGACGAUGGGCUCGCAGUAUAUCAGAAGAACCUCGUGCGGCCCCAGCAGCGGCCGAAACCACCGCAACUCCAUCGGUCUGCGUCCGCGCUGCCAGUCAGGAGUACGCCGUCGCCAACAAAACGUGUCUCCGAGGAAGAAAGCUUGAAGGCUGCCGAAGAAAUCAAUCUGGGUUCAUCUACUGCUCCAACCGCCGGGCAAAGGGAGCGCGACGCGGGGGACCCUGCAGCCUGCCGGCAGCGCAGCGGCUCGGCUAGUCCGUCCAAGCGAGCCGCAAAUGUCACGCGACCGUCGUCGACUGCAGGUUCGCGGCGAGGUUCAGCAGCUUCUUCGACCGCCCGCUCCCAGUCCGCGUCUUCCACCAGAAGCAGUGGGCGAAUGUCCGCGGCGGCGCUGCGGCAGCAGAUGCUGGACCAGCAAGCGCAAAACACGGCUGCAAUGUCCGCCGCCUUGCACGUGCCACACUACAAAGACCGCGAAACGCAGGAGGAGUUCAUGAAAAGUAUGCUACCUGCUUCGUCGCGGCUAUUGCAGGGAACGCAAGCUUCCCAGCGACGAAAAACCGCCACGGAAAAGGAGCAGCAAGAAGACCACGACACGCUUGCGACCAAUAAAGUAGGUUCUAGCAGCGGUAACAACGCUGCAGGUGUGUCGUCUACAACUACCACGGCAGUUCCGCGCAACGUGAAUAUCGUUGCGAAUCGCCAAGUUUUCACGGCGGUGGACCUGCAAGACCGUGUGGAAUACACGGGUCACCAGAGCAAAACGGCGUCCCAAAACGCGCUCGCACGGCCUAGACCCAACACCAGCAGUGGUUGUCGGAGCACGGAGGACCGACCUGCUUCAGCCAUCAACGCCAUCGACACAUCAAAUACCGUCUUCGUCGCUGACGAUGGAGUUGUGAUAUCGGCCGCAGUCUCCAAGCCCGGCGCACUAACUAGAAGCUCCAGCUGCGCUGCGAUGCGCCCGAGCAGUUCCCGCACAGCACCCGGAAUGGCAGCUGCAGCGGCUCUCUCGUCGAGCUCCCGGCUCCCGCGCCCGACUUCGGCCGGCCGCCCACAGAGCGCCAGCUACCGCGCGAAGGCGAAGCAGAGUUUCGAAGUAUUAGAGUUGUCGCUGAUGAAUAAGCACGUGUCCAAGGGCGAGCGGAUGGUGUUGUUUUUGCAAAAGCAGGAAUGUGGCUUGGAGAAGCGCGUCUUUGUCCUCGACAGCAGCGACGAAUUCAUUCGGAAGGCGCUUCUUGAUAGGGGUAAUUGGGUGGAAAACAAGUACGUCGAGUCCGGCCUGUGGAAUUUGAAGUGGUGCGCUACGGACAGUGAGGAAGACUACAAGAAUCUGGACGAGGAGAACGACCUGUACAACCAUUUUCAGCACAACCGUGAGCUGACCACGAAAUUCGGUCUCGCGAGAAACUUGAAAAACCUGUCCAGUGACACCGCGGCAUCGGGAGUUUUGGUCGACGUAGAUGUUGCUGUUGUGCCUGCACCAGUUGAUUCGUUCUUGAACAAGCAGACGAUUUGUAGUACUACUCGUAGCUCGAGCACCGCCUGUUCGAGCCUUGUUCGAGAAAGAAGCGGCCGCGACGUUUUCAAGCAACAAGUGACCUGCUCCAUCGUCGACAGUUUUUUUCCACGAUGCUACGACAUCGCGCUACCGGAAAGCCGGGAGGACUUCAUUGUGGAGUACUGUCGAAACGCCGCAUGGUGCGUUGCGAAAAAGCACCUGAACCUGGUUUCGACAACCUCCUCCUACCCGGUUAGCAAGUAUCGCCCGAACCUGACGGUCUUACGUGUGGCGCAGAGGGUUCUCGAUCUGUGGGUGCAAGAAAUUAACGCGGAGAAGCUGCUUGAUUGUGAUGUUGGAUCUUCUUGUUACACGGGUAGCUUCUCAGCAGGUGCUGCCGCACAAAGGAGAAACAGUGGCUGGGUUUCGGAGGAGGAGGAGGAUGUAGCCAGCGGAAAUCUACUCGAGGUCCACACGGGUGAAGAUGCUUCUACGAGGUGCUCGCGACGUUCGCCUUCAAAAUCAAUCAGCGCAAACAGGCCAGCACGGAGCGCAAGCAGAAGCGCUUCACCUGAGAAAGGCAAGGCUUGGAACAAUACUGCGCCCUCCUCGAUGAAACUACAGGUGCAGCUCCGUUCCGCGACGACUGUCGAUGAGGCGGAUUUCGACGCACUAGCCUUGUACUCCGAACUUAGUGAAGCUCAGCUUUGUCGCGACUUCAGCGAACACGAGACCAGCCAUUUCUUGAAGAAGCGCGGCGGCUUGCUGAAUUUGUACGCGAACGCGCAGAACAAGCAGGUGUACUCCGAGUCGGUGCGAAACUCUUCCGUUGCUGCCAAAAAUGACGGACCGGAGCAGCUGGAAACGGCCGGGUGCGGCGGUGGAAGUUCGUCAUCGGGCGGACCCCCCGGAAACCACAACGCGUCGUCGUCGAAUUCAGGCACUUCUACUGCGAGCCACAGUGGCAUGAAUUCCAGCAACCCGUUGGCUACCAGAACUUCCAGCAACAGCGUCACCGGCGCAGACGCGAAGCAAGCAGAAGACUGGCGGCGUGCUGUACCCAAAUCUUUGCAGAGCAUCGAGCAGUGGGCGGAAUUUUCAAGCCAUACCUGGGUGAAUUUCACGGACUAUGGGACGAAGCACCUUCAAGAAGCGGAGCACAAGCAUUCUAGCGCUGAGGCUGACAACAGCUCUUGUUCAUCGGCCAGUACAACAUCAAAUCCGUUCUUCCUCCUGAACGCCGAAUUCCAGAAAUUCACCGCUUUCCUGGAAAGCCACCCUCUGACAAAGCCGCAGCUGUCCUUGUGCAAUGCGAAGCAGAACUGCUGGAUUGUGAAACCGGGGAACAAUGCCAGAGGAAGUGGCAUCGUCGUGCUGAAGAAUCUGAAAGAGAUUCUGUACCAAACGAACCCGUCGAGGCUGGUGAUGAAGUACAUCGAGAAGCCCCUCACCCUGUUCAAUGGACGCAAGUUCGACGUGCGGCAGUGGGUCCUGGUGAAAUCCUUCGACCCACUGGAGAUCUGGAUGUUCUCGCAGUGCUACUUGCGGCUGUGCAACGAGCCCUACGAUUUGGGAGAUUUGGAAAACCGACAGAAGCACAUUAGUAACUGGGAGGUCAACAAGCACGCCAAGGGAAAGCACGCGCAGGAGGGCGCGGUCGCGUCCCUGGAGACCUUCAAAAACGAGCUCCACGAGAUCACGGGGAACCCGGACUACUGGGAAGAGGCCAUUUUGCCGGAGUUGCGCACCAUUAUCGUCAAAACCUGCGAAAGUGUGAAAACCGUGGUGAAGCAGCGGAAGUCGUGUUUCGAAGUGUUUGGCUUCGACAUCAUGAUCGACGACAAAUUGAAGCCCUGGCUCCUAGAAGUGAACUUGUCGCCCGCCUGCGACGUGCGCACCCCGUUUCUGGUGAGCAUGGUGUCCGACAUGAGUCACUCCCUGUUCGACGUGGUGCUCGGGAGCGGGAAGAAGAUUGGGAACAACGCCGAAAGUUGCAUUGCCGACGUCAUGACAUCCCCGCGCCAGUUUCGAGAACGGGCGCGGGCCGCAAAAGCACGAGCAGACGUGAAGGAGAGCAGAGAAGAUCAAGCGUCUGGCACUUCUGGCUAUUCGAAGGGCGAGUGGUGGUGCAUCUGCAGAAGUGACAAUACUUGGAGCAGCGACGACAGAAAGUAUCUGACGACGCCCCGAGGCAGAAGUUUUUCCUCCAUGUCCCUUUCGAACAGCACGGCUUUGCUCCAGGAUAACAAGGAUCAUGUUUCCCAACAACAGGGAGCUUCUGGCUCGAAAGCCGGCGACGUGACGAAGUUGACUAUUCUGGGCCAGAAAGUGAAAUGGAACCGAGAAUGGAAGCUCGAAUACUGCUGGCUGCGGUUGCGUGCAGCGCUGCUACUGCAGAGGGUGACCAGGGGCAUGUUCGCGCGACAGCAGCUCCGGUACUACAAAAGACUGAAGGCUGUGAAGGUGAUCCAGAGGAAUUUUCGUGGCUUCGCGGGAAGAAAGAAAUUCCGAAGAGAGAAGCAAACGUCGCUUCUGCACACAAUUCUGAUUCCAAAGUUGAAAUCAUUCGCCUACUGCGUUUACCUGCGGAACCAGAAGCGGUUGCGGCUCGCGCUCGUCGCACAGAAACUCUGGCGCGGAAGAAAAACUCGGAUUUGGUUCGCGACCUGGAGACUUCAUGAGUACGCAAAACGGAUUCAGAAGUUCUUUCGGAAACGACGACGGAGGAGGAGAAUCAGCAGGAAACGAAGAAUCCAACGAUUCUGGCGAAAGCAGUUUCGGAAAAGGGUCAACGCGGCAAACCAGAUUCGGAAGAUGUUCGUCGGUUACAAGGCGCGAAAAGAGUUUGAGAAAAAGUUUCUGCCUCGAUAUCGUGCGUUGCUAUUCGGAUUCACAUUUUUGCCCUACCUGAGACGAUUACGGAAGCAGACCCUGCUCGUUUACCAAGCGAUUUGCGCACGGAAGAUCCAGAGAUUUUGGCGAAGAAAGAGGCGAAAGGAAAAUUGGAAAACGAUGCGGUUCUUUUUCUGCGAAGCGUGGCAAGCUGGUUACUUUGCGCCGGUACGCGAAGCGCAAAUAAAACUUGCGGCGAUCCAGCGUGGGAACCAGGCACGGAAGGAAUUUCGUCGCAGGCUGCAGAAGAAGAGAGAAGAGGACGAGCGGCGAAGACGGGCGGAAAAAAGAAAACUCGAAAACAGUGCUGCGGUGAAGCUGCAGAGAAGCUUCCGAUAUUAUCGGAGAAGGAAGUAUGGGCGCGAAUUUCGGCGAGAAAUGCAGGAGGAGCGGCGUUCUGCGGCAACGAGAAUUCAAGCUGCACUUUAUCGUGGCCGGAAGGCGCGGAAACUUUUCGCACAUCUUAAGUGGCUGCGAGAACAGAGGCGCGAGCGAGAAAAGAAACAGCUGGAAGAAGCGACAGCGAAGAAGAAAAACACAACCGCGUUGCAGAUUCAGAGCAUUUGGCGGGGUGUGACCGCUCGCAAGAAGAGGCGAGUGGAGCUGAAGAAAAAACAGGAAGUCGAGGAAUUAAAAGGCGCCAGCUUCUCGAUGGAUUGCCGUCCGACUCCGGAUGACUCCUCUACUUCGAUCUCUGUUUCGCGCGGAGGAGCUGAAGGCGGGUCGAACGAGGUUCCGUGCUUCGCUGCAGUCUCCUUGGCAUCUUCCCCGAGUCAAUCGCCCGAAGAUCAUGACGUGCCACCACAAUUUUGUAUCGACGACGAGAACUCCUCCAACUCUGCUAGUGUGGUUUUUAAGGCAGAUGAGGCGGCUCGGGAAAAUGAUAUGGUCGUUGCGGCAACCUCAACAGCACUAGCAUCACGGACUUUCGCUGGUGCUGGAAAUGAGGACAACGCGGCUAGUGUAGAAAAAAAAUACGAAGAGGAGGUGAUAUCGAGCAGUAGCGAUAGACGAGAACAAGGUCAUAGGAUUGGUCGUGCUACGCCGGAGGACAGAAAUGCUCUGUCGUUGUCUAUAAUUCGCAGGAAAAGCAAACAGCAAGGUGCUGCACAGAAGGAGCCAACUGUCAACAAAGAAUCAGAAUCACUUACAAGCGGAGAAGUACAAGCAGCACACUUAUCGGGCGCCGAUACAACGAAGGCUGACCAAUUGACGGUGACAAGUACAACUUCAUCGGCGGCUCCACUGACGCAGGCAAAGGCUUCUUCAUCGUCAUCGCCUGUGUACUCCUUUGCAGCUGCCGCCAAUGCUGCGAGUGCCGUCUCGUCGCGGACCCACAUGCAGUUGGUUGACCUUGUUAGCUUUCACAACGGUACCACCACACAACAAGGGGCAAGCGUAGGUCGAAAUACUACUACAACAACCAAAGUUGGUGGAGCAACGACAGCUAUUGCAAGUGAACACACCGCGGUACUAGGUAAAACAACCAAUGCGCCAAACCGAACAAGCGCGUCGCAUUCGAAGACUCAACUGCUACGCCCACAUAGCGGCUCACAACUCCCAAUGGCCAUCUCCGGCGGAUCUUCUUCGAGUUCGAGUAGCCCUUCGACUUCUGGCACACUUCCGACAACCAAGAUUCGCCCGUCAGCAGGUGGUAAUGCCACACCACCGAGCGCUAGCUCCUCCUCCUCGCCGCCGUCUGCCGGGGUGGUGCCGCAUGCCGCGAGCGGUGCAAGUCCGAUGGAAAGUAGUUCGAGCAGCACUGCAAGCACCUCGCGCGCUUUUCGACUGCUAUCGGCAAACAAGCAAGAAGCUAGAGCACUUGACCCCGCAGAGGUGUCCUCGAGUGGUGGUACGACAGCGGCGUCAGCAACUAUUUUGCCGCCGGGGAAGAAAAGCAAAUCGUCCUCGUCCUCGACUAAGCUGAAGAAGGCCUCCACGCCAGAUUUGUUGGUGCUUGGAGGGUUCUCAUCGUCUGGGGGUGGUGGAAGUUCUAGUUCUACUACGCAGUCCCUUGCAGCCGCAACGGCUCCUGCAGCCAGGGUAGUUUCCGAAGAGCCGCCAGCCCGCUCGAUGACCGUUUCUGCCCAUGGGGAUAAAGCAGCGAAGAACAUCAAGAGUCUCUCGAAGACAAAGGCGCAGCUUCUGGACCUAGAAGAGCGCGCGCGUCCUCGGAGCGCGCAACCGCCCAGCAACUUGAUGAGUGGUGGCGGAACAACAGCUGCGAUCUCCUCGUCGACUCCGAAAAAUAACUCACUGGCAUCCAAUAAAUCCGGACUUGUUCUUCGUCCAACUCCAACACUAACACACCACGCCGUUCAUCAGGAGAAAGAAAAACCACCCGCAGCUCCGCCACGCCCUCCGGAGAAGAAGAAGAAAAAAAGCAGAACUACACACAGUUCCAGUUCGUCGGCUAAUACAACUGCAGGAGCACCACAGCUACCACUUGGGGCAACGACAGCGACACCAGUAGCUGCGAGUCAAGCCGGAGCUUUUGCUCUUUGCCACACUACACAUGACCCGGAGAAAACAAAGGACGGCAAAUCUACAGCUGCAGUUAUUGUGUCGCCUGCUCCUAACAAGUCCGGAACUCUGACGGCCUCCGCCGUUCACGCGGAACUCAACGCAAGAGAGAAAAAGGCGCGGAGACACGAAACAGAACGCAGUUGGUCGGCGUCGGUUCUGUCCAAAAUAGUGCAGCAGCAGCCUCAAAGCCAAACGGAUGUUGGGACGAAAAAAUCUUCUGCGCCCACCCUGGUGCCAUUGCAGAAAGGUUCUGAAGAUGCGCACAACUACUUUGUCAGCAACUCCAGCACAAGGCCAAGUUCGUCGCUGAGCGAGUUGAUCCGCGCUGGCGAAGAGGUGGCAGUCGAAGAUAGCUGCGAGGAUCCUUCGGACAGCUUAUUUCUGCAGGCGCCCCUAGCGCCACGCGGUGGUCGGAGCGGUUCCAAGAGUCCCCGUGAUCUGUUGCACGAGGGGCUGCGAGAUUUAGAGAUGCUACUUUUGAAUAUGGGCGGCGGUGAAGGCGGAGACUCUAAAUCGCGUCCAGACGUCACCGUGGGAGACAGGACGAGGCGGAGCGGGGAACAAGCUGCAGCAGGUCUACAAGGCGGCGAGGAACAAAAGAAGGCGCCCCCUAAUGCAUUGAUGUCCGGCUCCAACGUUCGCACGAUUCACAAACUUCGGUCCAUGAGUACCGUCGAACAGAAAGAAGCGGGAGUUUGUGAAGAUGCAAGUCUAAAGACUAAGCAGGCUCUAUCACCAACAAACGCGAAUGCAAAAGGACCAGCACAGCUGCGGGCACAGGUUUACCGCACGCGCUCCCUCACUGCCGAUGGAAUGUUGGUAGUACCGACCUGAUUUUCUGCCGGUCAGAAACGAAAUCAAGCUGGUGUUAGUUUACAACUUGCACUCAAAAAUGUGAAAUAAGUACUUGUUACUUAGUCUUAGACGAAAUGCAACUCAAUGACCCAGGGCCGCACAAUAUGGUGCAGGUGUUACGGGCAAAGCUUAUACUGAAUCAAUGAAUCAAUGCCAAUGCUGGUGAGUAAUCAAUCUUGGUGGUGUUGCUCUUGCAUCAAUCUCAAUAUCAACAACGAACAACAGUUUUUGAGUGGUCACCAAAACAAGUAAAUUUAUUGUCUCUUUGUCCUCUGUAUGAUCUAAGUAGUUUUCUACGUUUUCCUCUUCCUAGUGAACUUUAGAAAAGAUUCGAGGCUCAUGCUAAAUCUGAAGCAAGUGUAAGAUUCGAGGCGGACUGGGACUGAGUGGGACACUUGGAGCUGCACAGAUAACACAAAAUAAAGUUUGUCGCUCACUGGGCACGGAUAUGAGUGAUGGUUCGGAGGAAAACAAAAGCUGAUGCUGCACACCUCAAUUUUUCCACCA